UUCCCAUUAUUUCUCAUAAGCAUACCUUUCUUGUUGAGUUUAGUUAGCAUCAUUUCCGUUUUCAGCUUAAAAGAAGACACGUGUGGAAUCGGUCAAGAUCGGUGGUGAUUCUCUUCGUUUUCUGAAUUUAAAUAAUAAAGCUUUAUUCUUAAUCAUUGUUUAAAAAAAGUUGUGUUGCUUCGUUUCAAUAUUGACGCUAGAAUAACAUGGAAAACAAGCAAGAAGAGAAAAACAUCAGCGAUAAUCACUCAAAUGGUGAGGCUACCAGCGAAACUGCCGGUGAGUCUACUGCUGAGGCUGUCGGCCAAACUGCCGGCGAAACCGUCGCCGAGGAUGCCGUCGAAGUUAACAACGAUGCACCAACUGUAGAACAACAAACAGUAGAACAACAAUCAGAAGAAACGAAGAAAACAAAUGGAGAAAAAGCGACAGAAGAAGAACCGUCCGAAGCUCUUUUAGCAAAGAUUAAGGCACAAGUAGAGUACUACUUCAGCAAUGCAAAUAUGCAGAGGGAUAAAUUUCUCAUUGAACAAACAAAACUGGACGAAGGCUGGAUUCCAAUGUCUAUCAUGUUAAAUUUUAAAAUGUUAGCCGCUCUUAGCAAGAAUGCCAACGUCAUUCUGAAGGCUUUGGAAACCAGUGAUCUUAUUGAGAUAUCUGAAGAUAAGAAAAAGAUUCGUCGCUCGCCAAAGCAUCCUCUUCCAGAGUAUAAUGAAGAAUAUAGAAAAGCUCAGGAAGCUCGAACAGUGUAUGUUAAAGGAUUUCCAAUGACAGGCACAACUAUUGAGGAACUUAAAGCUUUUUUCGAGCCGUACAAACCAUUUGAAACAAUAAUGAUGCGAAGAUAUCAAGAUAAAAACAAAGUUUAUCAAUUCAAAGGAUCUAUUUUCAUACAAUUUGAGACUGUUGAUGGCGCAAAAGCAUUAAUGAGUGUAGAAUCUUUAAAACACCAAGAUACUGAAUUAAUAAGGAAAUGGGCUGCGGAUUAUAAUGCAGAAAAAGCACUGGAAAGGGAGGAACGUAGGAAAAAGAAAGAUAAAAAGAAAUCAACUGCAGAGGAAAAGCAGCUUGAGGAAGAGGAAGUACAAGAAAUACCUCCAGAAGAUAAUAAAUUGCCAAAAGGUUCAGUUAUUUACUUUUCUGGUGUUUCCAGGACAUGUACAAGAGAAGAUAUUAAAGAAAGUUUAAGUAAAUUUGAUGCUGAAAUUGCAUAUAUUGAUUUCCAAAGAGGGCAGACGGAAGGUUGGGUACGUUUGCAGGGAGAAAAUGCUGCUAAACCUGUGUUAGAAAAGACAAAUGAGGGCAAGGUGGUAAUUGAAAACACUGAAGUUACCUGCAAAAUCCUUGAAGGUGAGGAAGAAAGGAAGUAUCUCGCUAAAGCGAUGGAAGAUAUGAUAGCUUCCAAGAAUAAAUAUUACAAAUCCAAGCGGAGCGCUAAGAAAGGACGUGGGGCACGGGGGGCGAAAAAGAGAGCCCUUAGUCCCUCGAAAGAUGCAACUCCAGCUAAGAAGAAAGCUGUCGAGUAAAAUCGAUUCAUCUUAAAACUUUUAAAGUUACAUAGUGUAUAUUACACUGUAUAUUUUCAAUGUAUUGACAAAUUAUACAUAGAAAAAGUCACUAAAUUAUGCUCAGCAUAAUUUAUUAUAUUA